AUGCGGUGGAUUUCAUGGAGCAGCUUGGCUUUGGCGCUGGUAGUCGGCCUCUCAUCGUCCGCACCGGUGGUGGAAAUCGAGCAAGCAAAUGCUGGCGCCAUUACUGGAGUCGGGAGAAGAGCAGAGGCAGACCCCACCGCCGUGGCUGUCACUACCACGCCCACGCAAGCUCCGGCAGCAUCGUCCACCAUCAUUUCUAUGACAUCGGCCACGACAGCGGUCACAGAUCUACCGGCAACGACCACAACGGGAAUGUCCGCCAACUCGACAGACUCGAGUCACCCCACAACAAGCCAGUCCACAGCUGUUCCAACAUCUAUACCAUCUCUAGACGGUUCGUCAUCAUCAAACAAUGAUAAUCAGGCCACGUCAAAGCCAGCAUACACGGGGGGCUUGCCGCUGCAGCCUGAAAUCACACCAGCAUGGGGUGUGGGUGGCAUAAUGCUGCUACUCCUCGGUGCUGCUCAGGCUUUCAUUGGUGUUCGUAAGAAAUCGACCCAUAUCUUCUUGUCGACGGGUUUCAGUGCGGCGUUGGGCGUGACAAAUCGCAAGGUGUUGAUUGUGUACGUUAUGAAUCCACCCGUCACCAAUGCAGUACAAGGCGGUUAUUUGGUGGCUGUGUUCUUCACUGGUGCCGUCUUUGGCGGACUCGCCCUUGUAUUCAAGGAAAUCACAGAAGGCCUUGGAUGUCUCCUCGGCGGUUUCUGCAUCGGAAUGUGGUUAUUGACGGUCAAACCCGGUGGCCUUCUGACCGAUGGCGGACAAAUCACUGGAUUCCUCGUUGCAUUUACCGUUGGGCUAUGGUCAUUAUCUUUCAGUCACUAUACUCGUGCACAUGGAUCGAUGCUCUGCACCUCAUUCUCGGGUGCCACGGCAAUCGCCCUGGGUAUCGAUUGCUAUAGCCGGGCUGGACUGAAAGAAUUCUGGGUGUACAUCUGGGGCUUGAAUAUGGACAUGUUUCCUUUACACACGGAUACGUACCCAGUCACUCGGAGCAUCCGUGUUGAACUAGCCAUCACCGUCAUCGUCACGGUAUUUGGAGUCAUUGCGCAAAUGAGACUCUGGAAGGUCAUUCAAGCACGUCGUGCCAAGGAAGCAAACUCCCGAAAAGAAGCCGAGAUGAAGAACGAAGAGACCGACGCGGAGGUCGGGCGCCAGCUGGAGGAAAAAAAUAUUCAGGAGCGUGCAGAAUGGGAAAACACCUAUGCUGGGGACUCCGGCAAGAAGGGACCAUCAUCAUCCGAAACAGAGCUUGCGCGUAAUUCUCAGACGAAUGACGAACUGAACUCAUUGCCGGAUACAGAUGGAAAUAGAAAUGGCCACUCGGUAGAAAUGACGGACAUCGUGGGGUCACAGAAGGAUCGUGUUUCCCAACCGGACAUUGAGAAAGGCUCAGAAUCCACGAGGAAUCACGGAGAGGACGCGUCGAGUGUGAAUCAGAGGGAAGAGCUGCCCAUCGCGGCUGCGGAUGACCUACGGCCGUCUUCAAGCCCAGCCGUGAUAUUCCCCGCUCCUGUUCUGCAGCAAGACAACGGCUCUGAGCACGGUGCAGUUGUUGGUUCUGAGCCUGGCACGCCUCGUUCCAAACGCCGGUCCGGACGAUCACUCAUGAAGCGUCUCUCGGUGCGCAGCGCUGAGACCGUGUCACCAUCAGUCAACUUCAAAGCGCAAACUCAGUCUAAAGAGGCGCUUCUAGCCCGAGUUGACGACGCCGCUUCAUCACUGCGGGCUGUUGCGGACGAUGUAUCCUCGAUUUGCGACAGCGUGGUCUCAGAAACUCCCACCAAUAACACAUCCAACGAAACCGUGGCUGAAGGCUACACUGAAAGCCAGCAAAAGACCAUCUUUAUUGAGUUGACUGACUCAAAAAAGAAUGCUCAGAUCGCUCGAAAACAGCCUGUCGUCUCUCAGAAUCCAGCAGUUGAUCAAAGUGUCUCGGGUAAUGUCGACGCAGGACGGUCUGGUCACAAUUUCGAUAUCCACGAAGAUACCAACUCUCAGGAUCAAGCACAGCCCGCUGCCCAUGAAAACACUGAGAAUCAAGGAGAUAUCAACGACCAGGAGAACAACAAUGGCUCCGCAACACCGAAGGCGCCCCAAUCAAAGAAACCGAAGAUAAUCUUACUGGAAGCCCAGCCAGGUCCCAUACCCCAGUCAGCUGCUCCCGACCAAACUCAUGAGCAGCCUCAUGUUCCGAGUGUGCAUGAACAGACAAAAGAAGACGUCCCGAUGGAAGCGGCGAAGGAGGUUCUUCCAGCCAGUGACCCGAGAAGUGUGCCUCAACAAGAGAUCGUCAAGAAGAGCGUACCCCUAAAGCUCGAGGCCUCGACGGUUAAAGAGAUCCCCGAGCAGACUUCGUCCAUCAUUCACUCGUUCCGUACGAAUGAAUGGGCAAAACAUCUCGCGGAUGCCGAGCCACCUGAGAUCCCUGAGCUCGAAUCUGUUCGGCUAGAUGAAGAAGAUGCCCAAAAGACAUUGGAACUAGAUGAGAUUCCAGCUCCAGUCAAUGUGGAGGGACUUCUUCAAACACCUCUCAAUGCUUUGCCAGCUCCAGUGCCACUGAGUAGUCCUCGACAAGACGUUAUUCCUAACCACAGUCAGCAUACGUUGCAGGAAGACCCGAACCAAUCAUCUGAGAAGUCAAAGCAGAAAGCACGAAAGAGUAUAGAUAGUGCCAAUGGUGCACGACUCGCUUCUUCGAUGGUUAAAAACGCAUCGUCGGCCUCAAUUAGCCCCAUGCAGGAAGCUCUUCGCCAGUUUGCCUCCCCCCAGAAUGCUUCGACCCCGUUCUUGCCCAAUACGGGUUGCCCACCCGUCCAAGCGGCGCCCUCUUUAUCACGUUGGAGUGGUCCGCCACCACUGCUCGCUGUCCGUGAGAGUAUGGUGAAGAACCGAGUGUCGUCAACUUCCCUCCGUUACGAUCCCUAUGGCUCCCGCAAUCAGUCCCGCCUAUCAAUCGCUGAUCCACUGAUGAUUCCGGAGGAAAACCAUAGUGAGCUUCACAUGAAUGCUUCUGAAGAUGCGGAUGAGAUACCACUCUCGCAACGUCGAGCUGCUUUGCAACGACAAACAAUGUUGUCUGCUUCCGUGACUAGCCCCCAUCUAGCGGAGGCAGCGCGGUCUCCACGUCAGUUACCGAUGCAGUCUGGACGCUCCGCUGCAGUGAUGGCUGCUUGGCGACAAUCCGUGCGAGAGGAUAUCUCUUCAAAGCGCGAUUCGUUCGCCAUUCCGUCUUCUCCCCCAACACCUGCUUAUCCAGAACGACCAAGAGCAUCUUGGGGCUCCGGCAAUCCAUCGCAGGAGACAUUGGCGGAGCAAGUUGAUAAAACCAUCGCCGACCGAAUGCAGCGCGGUAGCAUGACAGAUCUGCAUCGUCAAGCAAUGCGCCGAAUGCAGGCUUCUGCCAACCGCAAGCUCUAG